ACAUUAGAUUAUUUUGUUUUGUAAAACUCUGUCGCAAGAAAAUAGAGAAAAAGUAUCAAAUUAUAAACAGGUAAAACAUAAUUUUACUUAUUUACUAUUCAUAUUGUGCUUAUUCAUUUAUCAGUACUCUUUGAUAAGAUUACAAUACGCCACAAAAAGAGAUUCGUUCUUGUUUUUGCACAGAAAAAUUAUCAUGGACACAGCCCGUACACGUGGCGAUGGAAUGGAAAAUGAAGCACUAGCUGUUGGGCCAUCCUCGUUACAACAGCAGCGCAAAUCAUCCGAUACUCACUUAACUGCAAACCAGGUACUAAAGCUGCCCACUGACCUAGAGUUCCAACGAUUGCUACCUCAUUGUGGCCCAAAUCCGGUUUACCGUCCUACGGAACUUGUUACAGCCGGACACGCCUCACUGCCGCCGACUAUCCCCAAGGGUAAAAUUUUCAAUUUAGUUCCUAAGUUGGUGCCUAGUAGCAGAACCGCUUGCGCCAACAGCAGUAGCUUGAAGAGUAGAGAACCAAAGUUUGUCCCAUUUGAACCAUACAAAGGAGCAGUUAACCCCAUUAUACCUUUCAAGAACAACGAGAACAGAGUGAAAAUUAUCGACAGAAAUAAUUUAGAUCUGAAUGUCCUAGUGUCACAAAUGUCUACCAUUACGAGCCAAGAGUUGAAGGGGAAGGAAGUGGAAAAAAUGGAAUUUAACAAAGAGAAACAAAAAUAUGAAGAUCAAAUAGGCGAACUGAAAAAGGAGCGUGACUACUAUCAAAGUCAACUCAAAUUUCAGGCGCAAGUAAACUCCGAACUGAAGAACCUGUUAGUCGCUGCUGUCGGGGAAGAUCUGCAGACGAGAGUUAACGUUCUCACAGAAGAUAAGUUGCAUUUGGCGAGGAAGCUGCUGAAUUCGGCGGAAAAUCUGUCCUCCCACACAGAACAGAUCGAAUUUCUUGCUGGUCAAAGUGAAGUAUGGCGCAGCAAGUUUCUGGCUAGCAGCCUGAUGGUAGAAGAGCUUGCACGAUGGAAGGCCAGUCUACUGCAGAAAAAUCGGAUGCUUCUUGCCUCAAACAAAGAAAUGCUUGAAACGACCUCAAAGCUACGGGAAAUGCAGCUUGAUAUUCUUCGAAAUCUUAAUUUUUUGUCCAACAACCAGAGCAUCUCGCUGCAGUCUGCCAACGCAUUGGACCUUUCUGCUGAGAGCGUCAAUAUCUCCCAGCAGCUUGUGCUAGCCCACUCGGCACUAGGAAUGCCGGAAUCUCUGGAACUAACCGGACUGGAAUCGAUGUGCCCAGCAGAGAAGCUAGCGGUUCAAGCACUGCAACAUUCAAACGAACCGUUAAUGAACACUGACGAAGCUUUUAGAGCCAUAGUUGGACAAGCGUUUCCUUCCAUCAUCUCAAUAAAACAGCAGAUAAUGGAGCCACAGCCCACAAGCGACCCUACCUUGGACGCAUCGGCCGAGGAUAAAACUCCACAAACGGAGCAGCAAUAGCAUCAGCAAUAAAAAAUAAGGUAUGUUUUUUUUCGCAUUGUUAGAACAAGAUAAAUAUGAUAUGAACAAAAUUUGUUAGACAGCAUACGAAAUUGUCUACUUUUAUCGCGCAUAAAAUUGGAUGAUUUUUUUUAAAUAGAAUUUUAUAACAAAA